AUGUUAUCUGUAGUUCAAGCCUACUGCCCAAAUUUCCCAGAAGCAUCCUCUCUGCUCGCCGCCAUCCGCACUACACUGACAUUCUGGAGUGGGCAAAUUGUGUGUACAAUUGCCCUCCUACGGCCUCUGCAGUUAAUAAUCUGCCCCCAGCACCACUGUCUAGAAUCUCUGGACAGGUCCCGCGCGCUCCAGAUAGCGAGGGCAGGCAGGCAGCCGAUGCCAUUCCACAAAUCUGUCGUUUAUUUCUUGCAGGCUCGAGAACUGAAGGACGCUCCGGGUAGGCUCUAUCCAUUGCAAUGUGACGUCAGCUGCGAGGAGAAUGUUCUACGGGCCUUCAAAUGGAUCAAAGAGAAUUUAGGAGGGGUCGAUGUUCUUAUCAACAGCGCCGGCAUUUGCAGAGAAAACCUUCCAACAAGUGGACAGACAGCCGAGUGGCGGCACACACUGGACGUCAACGUCCUGGGGCUGUCCGUCUGCACGAGGGAGGCCGUCCAGAGCAUGCUGGACAGGGGAGUCGACGACGGCUUCGUCAUCCACAUAUGCAGUAUAGCUGGCCACAUCAUGCCAUUCGAUCCAUUGUGCUCGAUGUACCACGCCAGCAAACAUGCUGUCAAGGCUCUGCUUGAAGGACUGAGGAAGGACCUGGUUGCCAGGAACAGCAAGAUACGGUGUGGGGAAAUAUCGCCAGGAAUUGUCAAAAGAGAUAUAUACUAUAACUUAAAAAAGUAUUCGCUUGAAGCACUGGAAAAUAUGCAUACGCCUAUGAUGGAACCUGAAGACAUAGCGAAUGCAGUUAUCUAUAUGCUGUCGCAACCUCCACGUGUUCAAUGUUCUCAGGCAUUGACAGUGGACGUCGUCAGCGACACGUGA